AUGGGAACGCGACAACAAGCAGUACCAAGAAAUGCUUACCAAGAUGAUGAUGAUAAAGACAACGAGGAAGACGAUGAUGAGGCUGACAGCUUGGAGUGGAUAAACAUCAUCUUCCUUCCCUUUCACCCGGUAUUCCGUCUCACGGUUCUCAUUGCUGUGCUCGUGAAGAUAAAUCUGGUAAUUCGUUUAUUUUUACAGACCGUUAUAGACUCCCUUUAUCCGAUACACUGCAGCGAUAUGAUGAACACGAAUGUUUAUUUGGUCAUCAUAAAGUACCUCCACGAGUAUUUCUGUGACGUCAUCUAUGCACUUGACACUCUACUUCAUAUUGUUCACAGGUUUGUUACUUUUUUGUCAUCUUUGCUCUUCAUUUAUUUUUUUUUUCAUAUCAGACUUGCGGACGUUGCUAAGCGACGGGAGCACCCUCCGAAGCCUAAACUGUACUUAAUGCUCGAUAUUAUUUCUUUGCUCCCGAUCCAUAGACUUCUGACAUCGGAGCUCUGUCCUCCUAUAAGGGUUUGGCCGAAUGUGAUCAAUUUUAUUGACAUCAUUGUAGUCUACAGUAUCAAUGAGUAUUUUUCACUAUCAACUACACAUAGUUUCUGGAACUUGGUUAUUGGUUACACUCUAUUACUGUUGGUGUUCACUAAUGUCAUAGCAUGCGUUUUCAUAUUAAUAACUUACCGGAAACCAUACGGAAUAGGCAUUAGCGAUUUAUACGAUUGGCGGAAAUACUUGAUAAGUCAGAUGAAUGAGACGAGUACAGAAUACGCGAGGUAUAUGAGCUCCAUGUUAUUAGUGUUAUCCUACGGUUUACGGGAUCUGUCGAGCGACACCAAGCCAAGCAACAUCACAACGUACUAUUGUGUGGCUUUCUUUAUGUUAAUCACAUUUUCGAUCUAUACGUUUAUCGCAUAUCCCAAGUCAUUUGCCGAGGCGCAGUUAAGACUGCGAAGAAGCUUCGAAUUUUUCCCGCGAGUCCAAAAAAUUGUAGCAGAAACAAAAAGAAAAAGCCACCAUCCCGGAGCGUAUGUUGACGUUAGCAACUUUUAUAACCUAGCGUGGAAUAAACGUCGCGGCAUCACAACAAUUCCUGAACUUAUUCUUGAGUUUCCUAGACAUUUACGACUUGACAUAAAGAAGGAUCUCACGUGGCCCAUUUUCCAUCACAGUCCCACGUUGAGACGGGUUUCUUUACCUUUCAUUCACUGGAUCUGUGAUCUGACACACCUUGAAUUCAAAUUACCCAAAGAAGUUUUUUUUGCGAGUCCCCACUCUCGCUCUCACUUGUUUUACCUCAAAUCUGGAAUAGUUCAAUUGAUAUCCGCAGAGGAUGGCACCACUUCUUUACUUUCUGUGUCAGGCGGAACUCUAUUUGGAGACAUUAAUUUCUUUAUGCCUCCUACGGUCACAAAAACUGUAAUCGUCCGCUGUCUGACUUACUGCGAAAUGUAUUUCUUUACUCGGAAGGAUAUUUUAAAAGCUUUGACCAAAUUCCCAGAAGAUCGUAAAAAAAUUAUGGAGCGUAUAAAGAGUAAAAUACAGCAUGCUAGGACUCUUCAUACCUGCAAGCAGCAUGUAAGGGGGUUGGAUAGAGCAGAAGAUGAAGGAGUCGCUUGGAUCAAAAGACGCUGGUGGGAAUUACAUGAAGCGAUUUCAAAAUGGAAAAACGCGACGAAAAAGUCAGAGUCAAUAUUUGUAAUACCUCCUGAAGAGGCUGCUUAUCACUGUUCAAAAUAUAUCGGCCAACUAGUCUUAUGUCCUGAUGCACAGUUGCAAAGGCAGUCCAUGUUCGCUAACUGUCAGUUUCCAUGGAUACUCGUGCCUGAUUCGAACUUCAUAAUAAUUUGGAACAGAAUUGUUCGUGUCACUGUCGCUCUUGUUUUAAUCCUUUAUCCACCGCUUUUGCCUUUAUCUAUAAAACCGGAUUAUUUUCGUCAUUUCCAAGCGUGGACAAACAUGGUAUAUAUUGCUGAUGUUUGUUUGUGUUUAUUAACAGCCAUAGAGGAACAAGAACAACUACUAUCCAACUUUGCGUCAGUAAUGUUCAAGCGCUGCAAGAGUUGGACAUUCAUUCUUAAUGUUCUGGCAAGUCUUUGGUUGGAGGAUUUCGUCGUCAUUAUAGGAAAACCUGAACUAUACUCAAUCUGUCAGUUCAAUAGGCUGAUUAAAGUUUAUUUAGUAUUUUUCAUUGACGACACUAUUAAGAAUGUGAACAGAGAUCCAAGCUUAAGUGUUUAUCCACCUAUGCUACUUUAUAUUUCCUUCCUUUAUGUAAGUGGUUAUUUUGUGCUCUCGCUUACAAAAAUUGUACCGAAGUUACGUAUAAGGUACUUUUUUGGCAAAUCACUUUGUGGAACAAAAGCCUUCUGUGACCCAUCACCUUCUAAAAUGUUUGCCGCUUGUUUGACGUGGACCUUUCGGGAUUUGUAUGUUAAAUCGUGGCCUAUUUCGCUUGAAGAACUGGGUAUCAGAGUAGUUUUCGACUACCUGAGUUUGAUAAUAGCAACAUACUGCGCCGGCCGUUUGAUCGCUGUAAAUUAUUUGAGGAACAUAAACACUUCCAAUUACUUGUUCUUUGCAAUACAUUUGAAGCAUAAAUUUAAACGCCAGAAUAUUCAUCCGGAGUUGUGGAAUCGCCUGGCCAAGUACGUGUUAUGUCACUGGAGGCACAACAGGAAUUUAGAGAUGACUGAUACAACCCUGCUCCGACAUGAACCCUAUGAUAUAUAUUGGAAGGCUCAUGGUGAGAUAGCUUCCAACAUCAUCAUGAUGUGCAAGGCUUUUGUCGGGGCCAAUCCAGCUCUUAUCAAGGAACUCGCCCAUAUAGCAAAGUUUACAAUUUUACCAAAAAACUCGACAAUAUUGUUAACUGGUGUGACAGUAAAGGACGUAUGCUGGCUUGUCAAUGUAAAUAUUUUUCUUUUUAUGACAGCCCCUUAUUAUGAUGAGAGAGGUCUUCUUAUCUACUCUAAACGUAAAUGCUUCUGCCAUUACUUCACACGUGGUCUCCUCCUCGAUAUAAUUGCCAUAAUCCCCUGGUACAUGUUGCCAGCUGCGUUGCCCAUACAUGUCGCACAAGAUACCGCCUUGCUUAUCUACGCUGUAAGCAAAUAUGCGCGUUUGCAUUUGAUCCUUGGCUAUUUUAAUUAUCUGGCUGAUACUCCAUUGGCAAAUGUGUCUGCACUGUUGUUAAUAAAAUGGCAAUGUUUCCCUAUAUUAGUAAUGUUCUCCAUUAGCCAUUACCUUAUAAUGGAAUGCGUCAAGCAUGAGUGGGAUGAUCAUUUUGCUUUGAUCAGUACAACGAAGCGGCCCGGCUGUUGGUUACCGACAUUUAUAGAGUUUGAUCCGGACCCUUCACCCAAACAGAUGGACCUACUGAUUGGACAGAGUUACAGCGUAGCCCAGUGUGCGUUCCUGCGUAUCUCUUACGGAUUAUUUAACGUCAAAGAGACCGAUAUGCUUUUGGGUGUCGUGUUGUAUUCCCUUACCGUCGUUUAUUGGUGUGUUUUAUGUUACUCCCUGGCGAUAUUGAUGCUGAGCCGCCGGAGUAGCACCCUCUUCCAACACGCGUUCAGCUCUUUGGACAAGUUUCUCAACGCAGAGCGGCUGGACGAUAAGCUGAUCAAGAGAUCUUUGGGGCAUUUCAGUUAUUGGUGGAUAAGAACUAAGGGCGUCAAUAUAUACGAAACAUUCAUACAUAAGCGUGUCAGCUCCAUGUUCAGACAGGAUCUCAUUCACUUCUUUCACAAACAAUUUCAUAUUUACAGAACCUUCGUCGGUCUCGACACGUUACUAAAAGGAGGCGAGCAAAUGAUGAAACAACUGUCCUGUGUUUAUUUCCAUCUGUUCCUACUGCCCAAUGUCCCAGUCAUGAGGGAAAUGGACCUAAAUCCCUGGGUCUUCAUAGUGCAUAGAGGCGAGGUUGUGAUCACUCACGAAGGGAAAACUUUGGCUACUCUUCAAAAGGGCUCAAUAUUCGGGCAGCUAGAAGGUACGGAGCACCGGCCCGUGCGAGUGUCAGCACACACCACUGCGUACACCGACAUUCUCAGGAUACCUGUGGGUGCCUUUCAGGAAAAUAUUGACGAUAAGUCGCGACUUUGUAAUUGUGGAGUUAAAUUUUCAUUCUCUUUUGUUGUACAGACUCGUUUCAACAUCCACCGGCAUCCCACAGCAGCCAUGGACUACAUGCAAGUGCAGGAUCCACCUAAAGAGAACCCAUACUACUCGAUCAAGUACUUGCUCAGAGGCGGCAAGACCAUUAAACUACCCUGGAUGAAGCAGCCAGUGAAAGCGCACGUGACCCGCAAAUACGCCUGUUGGCUAGCCCUAGUCUGGUUCGUGGGACCCUACCUUUCUUCAGCCAUCGUCUUGGUCUUAAACACUCUGCCGUUGGAGACGAUACAUAUACUGAUGGUGGUGUUGGGUCUUCUUGACAUUUUACACCUUGCACAUUUUGUAUCGGAGUUUUAUACGAUGGAACUAGUUAUAAUAAAUGAUGAGUGCGUAUAUCGAGACGUGAAAUUGAGAAGAUUCAAGAAAGUGCAAACGUAUAUCGACAUCAUUUCUCUCGUUCUGCCGCUGCUUACUAUGUUUACUAACAACUGGGGCUAUCAGCUAGCGAGACUUCUUCGUCUUAGAUUCUUUUACAAUUUUUAUAAACAUUUCUGUAAGGAUUUUAAGGUAAAAGGAUUGCUACCGUCAGUAUUGGAUAAUUCAUAUUAUAUACCAAAACCUGUGGAAAAUCUAGACCAGUACGUGAAAUACUACAACGAAUGGAUAGAUCCUGAUAUCAGAGGUGAAGGCAGCUCCGCGUUCAGAGAGAUGUACCUGCGGUACCGGGAACUGCUGAAUUUUGACUACAAUGUGGCUAAUUUAUACAGCUACUUGGAACAUAGUGGUUUGAAUAAGGCACUGUUGGAGUGCGUGAAAGACUAUAGUGCUCUUCUUUGGCAGAGGCAAAGAGGUAACUGGAUGCCCGAACUAGUAGUGGAAGCCCCGCUGUGCCUCAGAGAGGACCUCUAUACGGCGUUGUACGCAUAUCACUUGCAGGAUAUCCCUCUGUUCAGGUCGCAGCCAGCUUAUUUUACGAGGCAGCUGGCUACAAGGCUGCACAGGGUCGUUAUACGUGCAGGCAGGGUGCUGCUACAGGAGGGAGAUGUUUUUGCCUGCAUCUACUUUAUACACGACGGCGAAGUCGAGAAAUGGUCUACAGACGCAAGCGGAGAAAGGAAACUUGUAUCAAUGCUAUCAACUAAUGGAUUCUUCGGAUUGGUGCCUGGCCUGUUCCCGGACACGCCCGUACAGUUCACUUUCAUCACAAGAACGGUAACAGAUAUGGUGUUCCUCCGGAAUAGAGACUGGCGGGAUCUGUUGGAUGGAUACCCGGACAUAAAACUCGACAUCUACGCCGCGGCCAGGCACUUGAAGAAGGCUCCGGAAAACCAGAAAUAG